GACAUCUUUGGUGUGGCUUCUCUUGGCUCACAAACAAUGAUCCAGCCUUUGCAGCCCACCAAAUUAAAAGAUGAGAUGACACCACCACUGCCCUUUGCUCCCUCUCCACGAGCUGCUCGCACAGGUCCCAUCAAGGCAGGCGGUCUACUUUUUGUCCUGGACCAUUUUCGGUGGACAAAGCCCAUGAGGGAUUCCAUUGAUGGCCUUCUGGCAAAGUACCAUGGGCAGAAAGACCUUCUCACCCAGGUGGAUGCAGAGUAUGCUGCCCUUGUGCAGGCUGCCUCCAGGGAUCCCAAUAGCCUCUUACACCCCACCACGAAACAGCAUAUCUCACGUUAUGUGAAACACCUGGCCAAGAUAACGAACAGAAGUUCAUCCCUGAACACCAGUUCAGAGAAGCUCCUGGAGACCCAGAAGCUGUGGCAUCACCUCACAGAAGGUAGUGAAACUGUAAGUGUUCCAGUGGUAACCCUCCCACCUGCCCCAGUGAACCCACCCAGUAAUAAGCCCCAGGAGUUACCACUAACUAAGGGUGAGGUUGAACAAAUGGUGAAAGAGAUUGUGGAGAAACAACAGCAACAGCAGCCUGUUACAAAGAGGACACGGAACUGUCUUGCUUGUGGCCAGCCAAAGUCACGUUACCUUGGUGAUGGGUCCUCCAUUCAUUUUUUUUAUCAGUCUGGGGAUGUGAAGUACUUUUACUGCUCUACAAAGGUACACCAGAUGUAUGCAGCGGAAGGCCUCACCAAUCCUCGAAUGCCAUUUGCUGACUUUGCUGAAACACCUUUUUUUAAACGAGAGCUACAGGCCGCAAAGCAGCGUUCUGCAGAGACAAGACAGGUAAUAUUGGAGCGGAGAAAGAGAAAGUCCAUGGAGCAGCAUCCCACUGGUCGCCUCUGUAGGUUCUGCCACAAGCCACUAAAACAAGGCCCAGAGAGUCCACACAUACACACUGGGUUCCCUGGUGUGGCAGGGAAAUAUGUCUAUUGUCCUGCCAGAGUGUUUUCCUUAUAUCAGACAGAGGGGAUGACUCACGAGAUGAUUUGGGGAGAGUUCUGUCAGUCUUCCUUUUAUGAGACUGAAAGGAAGAGAUGGGCAGCAGAAAAGGGAAAGUGAC